CAUCAAUUCAAGCAUACCACUCAAGUACACGUAUAGAGUGUGUGCUGACGAAUCUCCAACCUUGCAUUCAUUCUCUCCAAUGUAUGGUCGCGUUAGAAAUCUUCCUGACAGCCACCGGUCACAAUGCCUGCUUUGAUUCGGAGGUUGUUGGUCUGGGCUGCUGCCGAUGGACUUGUUCUGCAAGCUCAUGGUCAAAAUAAUGAACAGCACAGGUCGAUCCAGAUUGAUUACAAAAGCCGCCAAAUCAAAGAGGCUCCAGGUCUUGAAUACGAGUGGAAGAAAAACACACCCUUGGAGUCGCAUGGUGUAAUAGGUCUACUGUCCCUGGCCUCGUCACAUUUCUUAAUCGCCAUUACGCAACGAGAGCAGGUGGCACAAGUCUUUGGAAAACCCAUCUAUGUCGUGACUGACGUUGCAAUCGUACCCAUCACGUCCCAGGCCGACGCCCGCCGAGCUAUCAUCGCCGCUCGGACUUCUCGUGGCUCUAACAACUCAAGCAAUGCUUCGAGCUCCGACCUGAGCGAUGCUGAUGAUCACAGCGAUAAUGAAAAUUCCGACGACGGUGAAGCUGCUCGACAGGAGAGCUACGAUGAGCCUGAAACUCCGCACGACUCCAGACCCUCCCAACCCAGAAACCCGAGCUCGACCAGCAUCGCCAAAGACGUCAUUGCAAAUCGAGGGCAGUAUGGUAGAUUUGCAUCCCAGUGGUUUUCGAGACCGGGCUGGGGUGCUGGACGGAAUGUUAAUAAUGCUCUGCCCGCCAAAUCGAACCCGGAACCACAAACAGCGGCAGCAUCCUCGUCCGGAGAUACAUCUUCAGAAAAGUCUCAGGCAGAGGAGGGUGUCAAUGCGGGCAAACCGGCGGAAGUUGCGGCCAAAGACACCAAGCCUUUGCAGACCGAUCAGGUCUCGCAGGAGAACUCCAUCGCCGAUGCUAUCCCAAAGAUUCUUCGCACCACCAAGAUGAUUCUGACAUCGGGGAGUUUCUUCUUUUCCUACGACUUUGACCUUACUAGGAGACUAGAGUCUCUUGGUGAAUCUGCCAGACCCCCGUCGAGAGAGUCGGUGGACCCGCUUUAUUUCUGGAACCGGAAACUGGGAAUGCCCUUCUUUGACUCGAGGCACGAUGCGUUCGUUAUGCCAAUAUUACAAGGGUUUGUGGGCCAGAGGUCGUUCGUGGUGAAGAAGACAGCGCCUCAAGAAUCCCAGGCAGCCAGCGUGGUGGCCGCAGAGGAGACGGAACCAUCUAGUGGAGUAGAGGAGGUGCUCAACAAGGCUAAACAAGAGAUUGCUAAUCUUGGAGGCGACACACAAGCAUAUUUGCUCACACUUAUCUCAAGACGAUCUGUCAAAAGAUCAGGGCUGAGAUACCUGCGACGAGGUAUCGACGAUCAAGGUAAUUGCGCCAACGGUGUGGAGACGGAGCAGAUUCUGUCUGCACCGGACUGGUCGCCUUCGAGAUCCAUUCGAUCUUUCGUCCAGGUACGAGGUUCCAUCCCACUUUAUUUUUCUCAGUCGCCUUAUUCAUUGAAACCGGUGCCUGCUCUACACCACUCGACGCCAGUAAACGAAGCCGCGACGAAGAAGCACUUUGCCGACCUUAAACGCCGGUACGGUGCUGUGCAGAUUGCCGCCCUGGUAGACAAGCAUGGCACGGAAAGAAUCAUUGGCGAGGCAUACGAGAAAACCAUCAAGUCCAUGUCCGAAGAUCGACAGUUGGAGAAUGUCGAAUUUGAGUGGUUUGAUUUCCACGCCGAGUGUCGAGGGAUGAAAUUUGAGAACGUGUCCAAGUUGGUCAACACUCUCGAGGAGCAUGUCAAGACCCAUGGUGAGACGCUCAUCACCGACUCCGGCACAGAAACCAAGCAGACGGGAAUCAUCCGUACCAAUUGCAUGGACUGCCUGGAUAGAACCAAUGUGGCACAAAGCGCCUUCGGACAAUAUACCUUACAACGCGAUCUAGACAGUGAAGGCUUCACCAUCGAUCUUCUCCAUGAUGAGACCACCACGUGGUUCAACACUCUUUGGGCAGACAACGGAGAUGCGAUUUCCCGACAGUAUGCUUCGACGGCGGCCCUGAAAGGCGAUUUUACUAGGACUCGACGGCGAAAUUAUCGUGGUGCCCUGAACGACUUCAGCUUGACCUUGACCCGAUACUACAAUAACAUGGUCAAUGAUUAUUUCUCACAGGCUGUGAUUGAUGUUCUACUGGGCAACUUGUCAUGGAAGGUGUUUGAAGACUUUGAAAGUACCAUGAUGAGUGCCGAUCCAGGCAUCUCCAUCGAGAAGAUCCGCGAAGGGGCGAUUGAGAACUGUGUCAAGCAAGUCAUCCAGGAGGACAGUGAAGAUUUGAUCCAUGGAUGGACCAUGUUAACCCCAGCUCACGAGAAUACAUUACGGACGCUCCCGUUCGAAGAGGCUGUCGUGUUACUGACUGAUGCAGCACUCUACUGCUGCAAGUUUGACUGGACGACAGAAAAAUUGGCAUCAUUUGAAAAAGCGGAUCUCAGAUCGAUAUCCAAAAUUCGAUACGGCACAUACAUCACAUCCACUUUCUCCGAGCGGGAGAUGAAGGAGGAUUUAAAUGCAGGCGUGGUUAUUGUUUACAAACCAGGCAAAGAAAGCAUGAUUCGCACCAACACUAGAUCUCUACAGAACUAUGUGGCGCCGUCAUUGGAGGGCACAGAGAACAGGCUCGAUGGAGGUACGGGGAUACUUUCAUGGCUGAGUCCCAACUCACCACCAUCAUCACGGACUCUUGCAUUGAAGGUCAUUGCAGCAAGCACCAACGAGUCGGAAGAGACAGGUUCGAGCAGGUCUGAGAAGCCUAUCAGUCUGGCGCAGAAUAUCGCAGAUGAAAUCCGGAGAGCCAUCGUGGACCCAUCGUCACGAGAGGCUCGAGAGGGUGCGGAGAAGAAUGAUGGGCUGGUAGAGAACAACGCAAUUAUUUCACUAGCGGAAGCAAGAAAGAGGACGGGAUAUUUUGAACAGUUGGGCCAUUCAAUUCGGAGACUGGUCUGGGCAUGAAGGAUGUCAGAUGCACCCAUGAAGCCUUGGACUUGGAUGAUAGAUACCUAAAUACUUGACCGUAUCAGUUCUGACACGAUGAUGAUGAUCAUAAAGAGGUAUGAAGGAUGAACAGAGAAAUAAAUGAAUGAGGAGGAGGAAUUCAAGGC